AACAUCGUUGCGGUACGUUGUGCGGCGCUGCAUCAUCAUCGCUUAGGAAUGGUAUCGCCGUCCAAGCACCAAUACCAGCAGCAGCAACAGCAGCAGGAGCAACAACAGCAACUCAGACGACCGUCGAGAGAGAACAAUAAGUUUGAUCCGCGACGAACGUCAGAUAUUCGUAUACGAAAGGGCCCGCAGCCGCUGGAAGAGAAGUCGUUCUAUUUGGACAUAAAGAACCAUGCCGUCGCGGCCAAGCUAGAGGCACAGAUCAGGGAGUUGGGUGGUGUGGUCGAAUUGUUUCUUGUGCGCAGUGUGAACCUCGUAGCCAGCGAUAGAGUAGAUAAGGCAGGUAACACGAACUUGGAAAGGCAUAGAUGGGCCUACGCCAGUGGCGGCAGCGGAGGACCCCGCUCGCUGAAAAGCAUCGAAGUACCAACUCCUACACCCCCGACGCCGUUGCUGAGCUCUGAAUGCCCCUCGUCCAAUUCUACUCUGCGGGGUCAAACUACCCAAAGAUCUAAAUCGCGAGUGGAUGCAAUGUUGGAACGUGCUCUGACGCAGCCACAACAGUGUUCCGUGGAUCCACUAAACAACGCCCACACUUGGAGAAUUCCUAUUUGGACGACGGAUAAGUUUCAGAUUUGGCUUGACAAGGUCUAUGAAUCUGUCAAGAAUAAUUCUAAUUUGAAGCAAAUUAAUCAGCACAGCUCGACGAGAGUCAAGCAUUUGAAGAGACCAUACGUUAAAUUCGACUCUAUUUACAGAACUACCAGGCCUGUAUUCCUGGAAUUAUCGUCGUGGCCCACGUUAAAUUUCGACGGUGAUCCUGGUUCGUGUCCUUUUGACGUAAAGAAGCAGGAGAAACGAGAGAGCAAAUUAAUAAACAAAGAGGUCAAGGAGAAUAAAAGGGAUAUUGAAUCUAUAAAUAAGGCGGAGGGUAGAGAAAUGACUCGGAGACCUCGUGCCACCACUGCACGUGCUCGCAGAACGGAACAGCUGGUCGCUGGCUAUUGCGAACUCUGUCACAUUCAUUAUAACGAUUUAUCGAAGCAUGUGCAAAGUGAGCAGCAUCUGAACUUUGUGGGGAACGAUGACAAUUUCUUGUCAUUGGACACGCUAAUUAACGCAGGUGCCAAUGUGGAGGCGUUUUUAAAAUUAAACAGAACAAAGGAUAUUGAGAAAGACUGCGACUUAUUCCCCAAUGGAAAUGACAAUCUUCAUAAUGUAGUGCUGCCCGAGGAGAAGGUUAAUAAGAACACCAAAAGUUUAAGUAACUUUACCGUUGACGAAAUAAAAAUGGUGAAUGGUGCGCGCAGAAACCUUAAUCUAAAGUUAAGUUCGCCGCAUAAUCUGCGCACUCGCACAAAACACGAGAGCGGACAUCUCCUCAGGUCUAAAGGUAGUCCAUGGCACGAGGUUGACAAGAGUGAAAAAUUUUAUGAUAAAUUGGAGGGUUUUACCAUCAAAAAGCGCUCGAAAGGUACUAUUUGGAUUGAGGAGGACGACCCGGACGAGAAGUACACGGAGGAUAUUCUGAAGGAGCCCAAGCAGGAAGACUACAAAAUCAAACCGUUCUCAAACAAUAUCGAAUUUUAUAACAGUAAGGACGACAAUAUUAAUAAAGAGGAUAAUGUCAAUAAUAAACACAGUAAUCUGGAUCCACCAAAGUUGCAGUCGAUAAUCGUGCAUAGAAAUGCGCAAAACGGUAUCAUAAAUUCGCGUCAUAUAUCGGAGGAUCCAGAUUAUCUGAAUGGCAAGAACGAAUGUAACGGUGAUGAGAACGCGGGUGUUUUAGAGUGUACGAUAAAGCAAAUCGAUGUAGUAAAUAACGGUUAUGUUAUUGGAGGUUGCAAAGACGAUUCGUUUCAGAGAGACAGUUGUGCGUUGCAAGGUGCGGAGAAGGUGGCGAUAGAAAACGCGAGAAAACUCUCAUCGAAUAACGCGAAUAAUGAAAUCAUUUGUAACGGGCAUAACAAGACCGAGCAGCAGAAAGACUUGAAGGCGUCGUCGCAGAGUGUCGAGAAUACUCGGCACAUGAAGCUUCUUAAGCAUCCGCGCUUGAAUCGGAGAGGCAGAAAUAUCCGGGGUCGAUAUCGGCAUCGAUUGUCGGUGGAGGAGCGUUUGAUAGAAGACAAUCGCGCUUAUUAUAAGGUGGAAGUAUUGGGUAACAAGUUGCGAUCGAGCGCAGUGCCGAGUGGCGGCAAUCCACAGCAUGUAUCGGCGAAGGAUGGUGAGGAAGACGAGGAGAAGAAGGAAAUGCCGUCCAGCCAAGAGAAGCCGGUGGUGGUGCGGUUUAAACGCGUGAGGAAGUCCGAAUUGUCUUUGCUAAGUGACGAGGCGGAGUCUUUCAUGUUCGGCGAGCCGAAACGGGACGACUCGAGCGAGCGAACUACCAGCGACGGCGAGCAGAGCAGCAUACUGCCAAGGGACACGGACAGCGAGGUCAACGAGACUGUUAAUUUAUCGGUGUCGCUGAACUCGUUAAAUUCCAGUCCCAUUAAACAGGAGGUUGUCGAGGAGGACUCGCAGGAUUCGGUGCACCUGGGCAGAGCGAGGAAGAGAAGGCGUACGCAGGCUGAAGCGUUCAUCAAGGACAAUACCGACUACUACAAGUUUGAAACGCCUGGUAGCAGGUUAAGGUAUCAGGCUCCGUUGACUGGUAUCAAGGACACUACCGCCGUAGAUGGCAGCAGGGAACACGGAACGGCGAAGAAAUCGAGUUCGCAUGAACCGGAAAAUUGCAAGUUGCAGACCGACGGUGUCGUCAAGAAAGUUUAUCCGUCCAAGCCGUCACCGGAGAUUGAGAAGAUGCAGUUCUCCUUUGAGUCGGUGCCUAUGUCCGAGCCGUGGUAUCAAACGUAUCAGCGUCAGGAUACGGGCGCCGAGUUCUGGCAUUGCUUUAGCGAGUGCGACACGAUGAAGCCGUUUCUCCUGCCGUACGAGAUCGAGAACUUUCACGAGACACUGCUGAAGGCGCAGAGUAGAAUUGACAGCGGCAGAAGACGGGGCCGUGGUCGUGGUGUAGGAUGCAUGGGACGCUCGCCGAGAAAGAGUCCACGUUGCCACGCGUCUACGUUGGCUAUUAUGUCCACCAUAAUCCGCAAAAGGGAGCAACAAUCGACUCUGUCCACGAUAGAGGAGUCACCGGCUGCCAGAUCACGCAUGAACACGCCCAAGCUCGAGCAAAAAUUGGAUCCCAAAUUGGACGUGGACGAGGAAGUUAAAGAGAUAGCGAAAACGAUCGACGAGUUGCUGAGCGCGAAAGGAAUGAGCGAAUUGGACGACUCGUUCGAGCCCGACUUCGAUUUGACACAGACCGAGAGUUUCUGUGAGACAAACCUGCCAAAAGGCGCGCCGCCAAAUCUGCUGGAACUGCUCGACAACUGUCAAGACAUGACCAACUGUCUGGAGAACAACUCGUCGUGCGCCAGUUCGGAAUGCGGUGAAGCAAACGCGGAUAUUCCGUUGAGACGACGGAAACGUAGAAAAAAUCGGACUGGUUGGCCGGUUGGCAACAAGAUGAAAAAGAAAAUACAGGCGAACAGUAAGGUCUUGACGGAUUGUGACAGGGAAUCGUUGGUAGAGAAGAGGCUCUAUCCGGAUGGCGAUUUUGCCGAACGUCACGUGCUGAACGCGUCCAACAGAUUGUUAGAAGGGAUUGAUUCUCACGCGGUCACACCAACGUCGAUGAACGUCGCGUUGCCAACGGCUGCGGAGCGUUUGGCUGUCAAUCAGAGUAACGCUUCAUUGGAAACCGCGUCUCAUAAAUCGUAUCAUGAGGUGCUCGCGAAAAAGGACAGAAGCGUAGCAGAAGCUAUCGGCAGUGACAAUACGAGCCUAUCGGCGAACAAUACGGACAGCUGUGUGAAAUCCAUCUUGGAGAACGCAUGCGACGAUGGGACGAACAAGACUCACUUGUCGAGCAAAGAUUAUCCGUGUAGAAAGGAUCUUUCGGGGAUGUCGGAGAAAAUCUCGGAUUCGGGUAACGAUGAGAAUCACGACAACCACCAGAAGAGUCUGUUCGGCAGAAAGGACGUCAACACGAUCGGUGAGAAUCUGGUCGCAAAUCUGAUCACGAAGUCGUCGUCCGGAAUCGGCAGGAAGCAACGGCAGCGCGAGCAUACCGUUGUUACCAGUGCCGACAGCUGCGAAUCGGCGGAGAUCGAGAAUCAGAACAAUCUGCAGUUGCAGUGUAGAAAGGAGGAGACCGGUAUAGUUCCUAAGAAACACCACAAUUCCAGUUCCGAGCUGUCAGGACCGAAGCGGCAGCUGCGUGGUGGCGGUAACUGCGAGGAGAACUCGCAGUCAGACUCGACGGGAUCUGAAUUACUGAAGCGUCGUCGCGGCAUCGUGUUUGCCGCGACGAGGCGCGGUCGAAUGGGCUCGCGAAAGCGGAUCUACUCGAGGAAACGUCAGUCAAGGACGGCCGUCGCUCGCAACAACAACGCCAGCCUAUCGUCGCCCGAUCGCGUCGGGAUGAUAUACGAGGACGAGAAUUGUAAAAAGGACGCCUACUUGAGUAUUACGUCGUGUAACAAGAAGCAGUCGCCAGGCUCCGCGAUCCGCGGCGGCGUGAAGCGCAAGAGUGAGGCGAUUUCGUCGUCGGACAAUGUCCAGGAGCCAUCGUCUGAUCCAACGGUGGAUCAGUGCGCGUUGUCGGAGCGCGUUAGUCCGUCGAUAUUGUCGUCUACCGAGCUCGAGCAACGUCGCUCAAGCAUCGAGUUCCAACCGGUUGUACGAAUGAUGAAACUCGACGACCAGGUGGAUAUGGAUCACGGUAUACUGUCGACAGUGACGGUGGCAAGCAAUCGGCGACUGAGAAGCUCUGGCAGUUCGCCACGUUCGAACCCCAAGCCACCGAGGAAGCGCGUUAAGUCCGCCCGCGGGCACUUCGGGCGAUGGUUGAAGAACAGCUGAAGACCUGGGGAACGCAGACGCAAAAGAAAGAGGCUGUACCUCGGUUUAGAUUUCAAUGAUGGCGGUUAUCAGGUGUCGAUCUCACGAUCCGAUAUUUCGUUCCACCGCAGUGUACAUUGUGUAUAAAAAUAUUAUUUGUGUACGUAGAAUAAUAUUUAACAUUGCAUCAUAGUAUUAUAUAUAUAUAAAUAUUAUAUAUAUAUAUACAUAUAUAUAUAUAUAUAUAUAUCUUUAGUGAUACCAUUCUACUUAGUAAUGUUCUUUCAGGUGGUUAGUUUUAACACUCCCCACCCGGUAUGUCCUACUGUGUACAUUCUUUAGAUGCGGUCGUUGUGUUCUCAGAGGCAGAAUAGUUACAAUCUUUUUUACUAGUACCAAGUCGUUCCUUAUUUUCUAUUUUUUUCUUCCAUCGUUUUAUGUAAACGAAAAUUGUGUACCACUUUAAUGACACUCAUUUUCAUGCAGAUCAUGAUUAAAGAUUAUUUAGAAUACAUUAUUAUAUAUUUUAGAGUACGCAAGACUGCAUACAGCUUUAUAACAUUGUAACCACACAUACACAUAACAUACACAUACACACACCACACAUACUCACAUAUAUUUCCGUUAUAUUGUGUAUAUUAUUGAAAGGUAAUAUUCUAUAUUUUCGAUUCCCCAAUAUAUCCAAAUACAUUAUUUCAAGCAAAAUUGCUGUAAGUCGCUCAUGAGUUCAGAAAGAGAAAUUAUUAUUAAAGAUAUGCAAAUUUUUCAUUAAAA